UGUAGAUAGUUUCAAUCUUUAACUUCAUCUCCGUUUUGAUCGCGGAACACUAGGAAGAGUUGAUGAUUGUAUAUAGGAGAAGUAGACUAUGUAUCUGAAAGUGCCUUUCGUGUUAAUAUUAAGUUCUUUGCUCGGGAUGUGCCGAUCCGCAAUAUGCAACUCCGACAAGAAGGCCGAUAUUGUGUUUCUCAUAGACGGUUCAGGCAGCAUGACACUAAAAGGAUUCGAGGAAACGAAAUCUUUUAUCGAAAAGUUCAUCAGUCUAUUCAAUAUUGGACCCUCAAAGACCCAGGUCGGAGUCAUGGUGUUUGGAAGUUCGGCCGUUAUCCAGUUCAACCUAAACAAAUACAACUCCGCUGAUGGCGUGAAAAAUGGUCUUCGCGAUAUUGAAUACCCUAGGGCUAACACGGAUGUUGCCGCGGAGGCAUUAAGACUGGCCAAAAGUUCUAUGUUUACACCCGGAGGCGGAAAUCGUGCAGGCGCCGAAAAAGUCGUCAUCCUUAUGACUGAUGGUUAUAGUCAGACAUCCGAUGACAAUCUGGUGGCAGCGGGCGAACUCAAGGCCGCCGAGAUCACGAUCUACACGGCUGGACUCGACGGCGCAAACCGAGAGGAAAUGGAGUCCAUAGCUUCCGGGAAGGAUUAUUAUUUUUCCGUGAAGGACUAUGACGCCUUUGACAACCUCCGGGAUCUGUUAGCAAUAACUACAUGCACUAAUACUGGUGGAUGUUUGUGUGUCAAUGGCGGUUCAUGUCCUACAGGAAGCGCAGAGUGUCAAUGUCCGCCGCCGUUCACGGGAUGGGGUUGUUUAUAUGAUUUCUGUUCUCCUGGGUAUAACCCGUGCAGUGUGUAUGGGUCGUGUAACGUGACCGGAAGUGGAUACACAUGCACGUGCAAUCCGGGACAUGCCGGAAGACACUGUGAUACAGAUAUAGAUGAGUGUGCCAGUAACCCAUGUGUGAAUGGGGCUUGCGUGAACAGGGUGGACAGGUUUACUUGUAAUUGCUUGAGGGGAUACACUGGGACUGUUUGUGACGAAGAAAUUGACGAAUGUGCUGUAGAAAAGCCAUGCAUGAACGGGGCAACGUGUCACGACCUCAUCGCCGACUUCCGGUGUGAGUGCGUGCCCGGGUUCAUGGACAAACGCUGUUCCACUGACAUAAACGAAUGCGCGAGCGACCCCUGUCAAAACGAUGGCACGUGUCAGGACCGCGUGAACUACUUCGAGUGUCUCUGCCCAGUCGGCUACUACGGCUGGUACUGUGAAACGGCGACCUGCCAGCCGACCAUGGCAGACGUUAUAUUUCUAUUGGACUCCUCGAUCAGCCAGACUGAAGACGACUUCCAAAAACAGCUUACAUUCAUCAAUCGGUUCGUCGACCACGUGGUCGUCGACGAGAAGAACUUCAGGGUGGGCGUGGUCACAUUCUCGUUUGAGGCGCACCUGGAGAUUAGCCUCACUGACUACGGCGACAAUGUCACACUGAAGGAGGCCGUCAGUAACAUCACAUAUAGACCAGGUGGGACGCUUACACAUCUUGGGUUGGAGAUGGUCACCCAGCAUGUCAAGGACAUAUCGCCGAAGCGGCUGUUUGAGAACACUGCGAAGCGGUACGUGUUCCUCCUAACCGACGGCAUGUCCAUUGAUCGUCAGCGCACUCUGGAUGCCGCGACAGAACUCAGAAAAUAUGUCACAAAGAUUCUGGCUAUAGGUAUCGGCACGGAAGUUUCCCAUAAUGAGUUGCUGGGCGUGGCCUCCCCGGGGGACGAGAGGGCUCCCGAGUACGUGUUCUCCGUGCACAACUUUAACGCCCUCUAUACAGUCAUACAGCAACUGGUCGCCCUCACAUGCGACGAGUGUUUUUGGAACACAUCAAGUGAUGUUACAUUUCUACUGGAUAUGAGGUCAGGAAUCAGUGACCUAGACUUCAGCCAAGCAGUAGAUGCACUGACGUACGUACUGACAGAAACGCUAGAUAAAAGCUACAACGUUACAGUCCGUCUCGCUUUGGUCUCGUAUGAUGAUGAAAGCGUCCAAAUCCACCGUAAUCUGACAGACACGGCGACCACUGACACCUUGGUCCGCUACAUACAAAUGUUAACAGUGACUCGUUCAUGUGACACAGGAAGUAGUGGGUCUUGUGGUACCUCAAACAUAAACACUCUAGAUAAAGCACUUCAGAAGAUAGAACAAGGGAUAUUUAGUGAAAGUAAAGAUGAAGCACGACAGACAAUUAUCCUGUUCACGAAUGGUGAUCACGUCCCUAUAGUGCCCGAACCGACCCUUGCCAGACUGAAAGUGUCAGGCAGGCUAGUGUUGGUGGUCGGUGUUGGUGAACAAUUUGAAGUCGGGUCUUUUCAAGGCCUAGUUAGCGACCCGGCCUACGUUUUUGUAUCUCGUUCUGGGGAGCAAUACAAUACUUUGGACGUGAUUGCCACAGAGAUUUUCUAUAGCUCAUGCGAACUUUCGAAUAACUUUUGAAAAACAAUGAUUUUGAUGGUUGUAUUGUAUAUUUGUGACAUUACAUAUGUUAUAUAUACACAUAUAUAUAUAUGUCAUUUCA